CUGUGCUCAAAUUCAAUUAUACAGAAAAAAGCCUUUUUAUUAAAGGAGAAACAAAGACACUAUGCUGUAGUUCAGACAGCAAUCCGCCAACUAGUACAAUGUGGCUGAAAAACCAAAAAGCAUCAGAAGAAGUACAUUAUAAAAGCAAUGUAUGCCUAACUCUAAUGAAUAUUAGUGAUAGCGAUAGCGGAAUAUAUUCAUGUUUCGGGGAUAAUGAAAUAGGACGUGUCGAACAAGAAAUCAACAUCAAUGUAUUAUAUCCUCCAGUUUUUGUAGAGGAACACAAAAUAAUACAGUUUAGAAAUUUGGGAGAACACACUGAUGAAAAGUUGGUUGCGCACUCUGUAUCAAGCAUUACGUGCUGUCAUAUUGAAGGAGAAAACGGAAGAGAAAUACCACAUGAUAUGGAAUGUAUUCCUGAAAACACAACGCCUUUUGUUCAUGACUCGAAUAAUAUUAUACCAGAGCUAGAAAUUGCUAUCAGCUUUACCUCGAUGCAAAAAAGUGAUUAUCAGAAAUAUAAGAUUACACUAUGCAAUCAUGAUGGCAACAGCAGUUGCAUUAUGGAAUUAAAACUUAUGGAUACAGAAAUUGAAAUACCCCGUGCACUAGAUUUGAAUGUUAUUAUUCUGUGUUUAUUGACUACCAUACUUCUGGUAACAGGAAUAGUUAUCGCAUUGGUUAAAAGAUUUGAGAAUAAAAGAAUACAAACUACCGACGAUGUUAUAGAAGUUGUGGAAGAUAGAACAGACGCUGUGGAGAAUGUACUUUACCAGUCUAAUGCAUGUAUAUACACUGAAGCCACAAAUCGAAGUACUCUGUCAAAAAGUGCUGCAGUUUCAAACAGCCACAGAAGUAAUCCAACUAAUGAAGAAAACCAAAGACCUCAGAGGUUAAACAGCAGGGUUCAGGAAUCGACUAGACAAUUGAAUUAUGUAGAUAUAACAUUCAAACCUGCUUUACCAAUAAGUAAAACGCGUAUCAUAGGAAUUAAAAACAAGACGGAGUAUGCUGAUGAAAAUUUAACAAAUGGUCAGACUGGUGUCCUCAAUACACAACAUGAAUCAAACAGUGACGACGAAGAUUUCGUUGAAAUUGAGGAUCUAGAAAUAUUUUCGAAUAGAAAUAAUGAAAUCGAUAUUGAUUAA